ACAAAUGAAGAAGCGGAAAUAAGACCAACCAUCUCUCUCCACCAGGCAGUUACUGCUUUGAAAACAUUAACACAAUUUUUACAGUAUUCAACCGGGCCGGAGAUUCUACCAGAAGACAUUGCUGUACUUUAUAGGUUCUUCUGUUGGGCAACCCGUAAGUCAAGUAUCCAUGAAGGAUAUAGAUCAAAGGCCAAAGGACUUAGUGAAUCUAAAAAGGAGUUGCAGAAUUAUUACGAAAUUAUUGAAUUAAUCAUCAAAGGGUUCUUGACCAAAGGAGGCACCGGUUCUGUCGUAAGCGUAUUGGCCGUUCCUUUAGACUAA